AUGCAUGCCAGGGCUCAUGCCACAAAGUGUGAGCUUAAAUGGAGUGGCAGGAAUCAGGAGGGAGCGGGCACAACGGCUGGUGAAGAGGUUGAGCAGGUGAACAGCUACCUCUCCCGUUGUGCUCUGACAACAAAAUAUAUGUCUAAAGCAGCCCGUGUGGACAUGCUGACUGUCCAUGCAAUGGAAUGGAACAGGCACAAGGGAGACAAUCUCCACAAGGCCCUCUCCACAAGAUAUGUGAAGACUUGUCAAAGAGCUGUGGAGGAGACAGCAAGACUUCUAGAGCUCAGAGAAGAGGUCCAUUGCUCAGAGGAGAUGGCACUGCAGUGGGUUAUGGAUGUUCAGGAAUGGGCUGGGGAGACAACAGAUGCCGCCAGUGAUCAACGAUCCCUGCAACAACAGUCCAUUGAGGGGCUUCAUCUGAGCCUUCACCCCAGAAAACAGAGCCUCUACCAUCAAAAUGACAGCAACAAGCUUCGUCACCGCCUGCGCAAAAAUUUGGCGAAAGACAAGCGGCGUCUCUUCGAACAGAUUGCCGAAUACAACAGGCUGGUGUCAGAGAUGCAAAUCAAUGUGGCAGUGGUCGAGAGGUCGCUGGCUUGA